AUGGCUGCGAAGCCUCCGCCGCCCUACGCCGUCAUCAUCACAGCUUUGGGCUUCGUCGCGGCCGCCGCCGUCGUGCAGCAAGCGCGGCGACGCAAGGAGCGCAAGCGCCAGCGGCGGCGGCAGCGCAAGGCGAAGGAGCUCGCGCUGUCCCAGGAGGGCAUCUCGAGCCGGGGCCUGCGCCUGAACCAGCCGCCGCUGCCCUACAUCGGCGGCCUCAUCGCGGGCUUCGAGCAUCCCUACGACCGCGCGACCGGCGAGGGCGUCGUGCUCCUCGCCGUCGCGGAGAACAAGCUCGCGUGGCGCACACUGAAACCCAAGGUCGAGGCGUGUCUACGCAACUUGCCGGACUGGGUCGCGAACUACGGCCCCAUGGAGGGCCAGGACGCGCUGCGGGCGCCGCUCGCGGCGUUCCUGUCGGCGCGCGUCGUGAAAACGCGCGUCGACGCGGCGCACCUGUCGUGCGCGACGGGCGUCGGCGCGGCGCUGAACAACCUCUUCUUCGCCAUCUGCGAGGCCGGCGACGCCGUGCUGAUCCCCGCGCCCUACUACAGCGCCUUCGACAGCGACCUCCGCGCCGUCUGCGACCUCAGGCGCGCGCCCGUGCCCGUGCGCCUCGACCGCGAGAAGGGCUACGCGCUCACGCGGGCCGCGCUCGACGCGGCCUAUCACGCCGCCGGCGGCAAGGCCAAGGCGCUGCUGCUGACGAACCCGCACAACCCGACGGGCCGGGCGCUGUCGCGGAAGGAGCUCGAGCUCGCCGUCGACUGGUGCGACCGCCGGCGGCUCCACCUCGUCUCCGACGAGAUCUACGCCCUCUCGGCCGUGGGCGACGCCGACGGCUUCCUGAGCCUCGGCGAGCUCACGGGCGGCGACCUGGGCCCGCGGCGCCACGUGCUCUGGGGGCUGUCGAAGGACUUUGGGAUGUCGGGCCUCCGCUUCGGCGUCACGUGGACGAAGAACGAGAAGCUCCUGUCGGCGCUCGCGACGGCGGCGGUCUUCACCUGCGUCCCCGGGCCCUGCCAGGCCAUGGUCGCGGCGCUGCUGUCGGACGAGGCGUUCGUCGACGCGUACCUCGCGGAGAACGCGCGCGCGCUCGCGGCGUCGCGCGACGCCUGCGCGGCCGUGCUCGACCGCCUCCGCCUGCCCUACCUGCGGCCGCGCUACGGCAUGUUCCUCUGGUGCGACUUCUCCAGUCUGCUGCCGCUCAUCAUCGGCGACGGCAAGCGGCGCGCGUACUCGCGGGCCGCGCUCUUCGAGGCCGAGGCCGCGCUCUACGACGCGCUCCUGAACGAGCUCCGCGUCGUCCUCACGCCGGGCGCCUCGCAGCACGCGCCGGAGCCGGGCUUCUUCCGCAUCUGCUUCGCCUUCGUCGAGCGGGACGUCCUCCUCGUCGCGCUCGCCAAGUUCGAGGCCUGGGUCGGCCGGAAGCGCGGCGAGGACGACACCGACACAGACUACGACCUCUCCUCCUGCUUCGACGCCAGCGCCCGCGACGGCGCGUCCUCGCUGGCGUCGCUGCGCGUCGAGCACGCGGCCGUCGACGGCGCGCGGCUCCGCGUCGCGCUCGUCGCCGACGGCGCGGCCGCCUGCGCGUCCUACCUGCGCGUCGUCGCGAACGCGUCCGGCGGCGAAGUCGCGCCCGUCGCCGUCGCGCCGCGGCCCGCGGGCCGCUACGCCGCGACGGCGCUCCUGCGGCCGGGCGUCUGGCAGCUUCGAGCCUUCGUGGAAUGGACGGGCUUCGCGGCGGACCUCUCGUGGCAGGCCGCGCGGACCGAGGGCGCGUGCGUCCCAAAGUACCUGCAGAAGGACGCGCUCGCGGAGCCCCUGGUCAUGACCGUGCCGCCCUACGCGACGCCGGCGGCGAGUCCCUGCGGCGAGCGCGCCGUCGGCGGCUACGUCGCCGAAACCUGGGCGCCGCUCGGCUGCGUCCUGCCGUCGGAGCCCGGCGUUCGCUGGCUCCUCGUCGCCGGCGACAGCACGCUGCAGGAGCUCGCGGUCUUGUUCGUCGCCUUCCUCCACGCGGAGACGACCCUCGCCUGCGUGCGCCGGGCGCUGGGCGACGGCGACUGGGUCGCCGUCGCGACGUGCCCGCUCGGCGGAGGCGCGACGUUCGACGCGCUCCUGGACCUGAACUUCUCCGCGGAGAGCCUGCGGUGCCCGCGGGGCCACGACCGCUGGCGCGACUUCGACGCGACGGUCCGCGGGUACCGCGUCUCCUUCGUCUGGGCCGGCGGCCUGGAGCCCUGCCGGGACCACGACGGCGCGGCGAGCCUGCUGGGCGCGGACCGGCGCGCGCGCCUCGCGGCGCUCCGCGGCGCGCCCGACGCGGUGCUCUUCAACAGCGGACUGCACGACGCGGCGCGCGCGCCGACGCGCGGCGCGCGGCGCUUCGACCGGGGCGCGUACGCGGACCGCCUCCGCGCGGCCUGGGCGGUCCUGCGAGAGUUCGCGGCGCCGAACGCGACGCUGAUCUGGCGCGAGACGUCGCCGCAGUACAAGCGCUUCGAGUGCGAGGGCAGCGGCGGCAACCCGGGCGUGAAGGUCAUGAACGCCGCGGCCGCGCCCGUCGCGCGGCGCGUCGGCGCGGCCGUGCUCCCGGCCCACGCGCUCCGCUACCUGCGGCCCCAGGACGGCGACGGCCACCACUGCCGCGACGGGCCCUCCUGCGCGGCGCAGCUCCGGUUCCUCGUCGCGCUGCUAGGGAGCCGCGUCGCAGCAAUGACUGCAAUGGGCCCGGAGAUCCCGGACCUCGAGCCGUUCCGCGGCAACGGCAAGGUGGUCUACCUCAAGCCGAAGUCGAACCCGCACGCCGAGCAGAUCCGCGCCAUCAUCGCGGCGAGCGCCAUGCCGCCCGGCGCCGAGUACACGACGGUCCUGACGGUGCAGCACGACCUCGUCGUCGUCGAGGUGCGGUCCGCGCCCUGCCGCGGCAACGGCUGGCACGACAGCGUCAAGGACCUCGUGAAGGAGCCGCCGGUCGUCGAAUUGUACCCCGAGGCGCUCGUCUGGUCGCGGAUCAACUGGAAGCCGACGGUCGGCAUCCUCGUGGCGCAGAACGCGCGCGACGCGGCGCGGACCGCGGAGCUGACGGCAAUCCAGGCGUCGGCCUACGCGCGGCAGAUGCGCCUCGAGGACCCCGGGUGCACGCACUGCUGCAUUCUCGGAGGGCUCGAGGCGUCGCGGAUCCGCAUCGUCGAGCUCUGGAUGAACGAAAAGUUCUUCCAGGACCACGAGAAGUCGCAGUGGCACGACGAGGCCGAGCAGAAGGUCGUGCCCCUCGUGGCGGACAUGACCUGCGACAGCGCGUCGUUGAAGGAGCGGCCGCUGCCCGAGUGGCUGCUCAAGCUCGACGCGAAGAAGAAGGGGGCGAAGAAGAAGUCGAAGGCGACGGCGUCGAAGAAGGUGAGCGUCGAGGAGAAGUUCCGCGUCGACGCGUCGAACGUCCGGACGUCGUGGAAGGGCCCCAAGGCCAUGGAGGAGGAGGAGGACCGGCGCGCCCGGCGGCGGGAGAACGCCAUGGAGCCGCCGCCGAAGACUUACCCCUUCGAGAUCCGCCCGACGGACGUCUUCGCGGACUCGCCCGUCGCGCAGUUCGCGCUCACGCACGGCACGCGGAAGAAGUUCCUCCCGGCGGACGAGCAGGACGUGCUGCCCGAGGACUAUCCGGAGGCGGCGGUCGAGGAGCCGCCGCAGCCCGUGAUCGAGGGCCCCAAGGACGAGGACGACAUCUCGAAGCUGCUGCACAGCUCCAUGUUCCUGCGCCUCGACGAGUCGCGGCUGCCCAUCGAGACCUUCGACUCGCUCGAGUUCGAGGAGAAGGACAAGCUCCCGGAGGAGUGGCUCGCGACCGGUCUAACGACGGAGACGGGCGACGUGCUGGGCUUCGCGGCCUACUUCGUCGCGGGCGGCAAGGACGAGGCGACGUGGCGGUGGCGCAAGUGCAAGGUCCUGGGCUACGUCGAGGAGUCGAAGCAGUACAAGGUCCAGAUGGGCCAGAAGAUCAAGCUCGUGUCCCGCCUGAAUUUGCGGUUCCAGGCCGAGGACGAGAAGGCGUGGUUCCGGCGCCGCGACUGCGCGCACGCCGCGCGCGAGGCCGUGAAGCAGCAGCUCCGGCUCGACUACUUCGUCGCGGAGCAGCCGGCGACGGCCGUGCGCGCCAUCCAGCAGUCGACGCUGCGGGGCAUCCACGGCAAGAUCAACGACGGCCUGCCCGUGGGGCCGGGCCGGAUGACGUUCCCGGAGCCGGGCACGCCCGGCGGCGCGCUGCUCCGCGCUUUGACGGCGGACGUCAUCCAGGCCUACGCGCGCGCCAUGAAGCGCGCCAUCGUGCGCCAGCGCUACCGCAACGACCCGGCCUUCACCGACGAGUACGACUCGCUGAAGCUGCCCGACGGCGCCGUCGCGCCGCCGCCCGUCGCGCCGCGCAAGGCCAAGGUGCCCCUGCCGCCGCACCCCUACGCCGAGCGGCGCCUCGUCGUCGCCGCGUCCCACUUCUCCGCGUCCCAGGAGGUGCUCGACACCUUCGUGUGGCUCCGGGCGACGUGGGAGAACGUCAUCGCGAAGCAGCGGUUCAUGCUCGUGCCGGACCCGCGGCACGCGCUCGACCGCGCGGCGGAGAAGGCCAAGGGCUGGACGUCGUCGUCGGCGUCGUCGCCCCUGAAGCGCGCCGCGCCGCCGUCCCUCGAGUCGGCGCUCACGGGCGGCGACAUGGCCAAGGACACGCGGCCGGGCGGGCUGCCCUUCGCUUUACCGUGCGCGAUGGAGGAGUUCGCGGCCGCGCAGGAGCGCCACUGCCGCGACUUCGCGGCGACGCUGCGCAACGACUGGCGCACGGCCUUCGCGGAGCAGAUCGUCGACAACAUCCAGGACGUCUUCGACUUCUUCCAGUCCAACGCGGCGGUCUUCGAGGCCGGGCCGCUCCGGCGGCUGCUGACGCACUUCGAGCUCCGCAUGACGAACCAGCUGCGGGAGGUGCUCCUGAACUCGCUCGACGACUGGGUCGGCUUCAUCCGCCGCUUCACGGCCCAGGCCGCCGACGACGCGGCCCUCGAGGUGCCGAAACUCGACUCGCUCGAGGGCGCGUCGACGCCGCCGCUGUUUCGGGUCAUGCUCCAGGUGUCGUUCCCGGAGACGGAGCGCACGUCGGCGCCGCGGAUCCCCCGGGUGACCAUCGAGCCGUCCCACGAGGAGAUGGAGGAGGCGCUGCUGGCGCGCGUGGACCAGCCCGUGGCCGCGAUCCGGGAACUGUCCUGCGUCGACGCGGACCUCAUGUCGCUGCUGCACCUGCCCGAGCGGCGCCUACUGGACGUGGGCUGCGGCAACGCGCUCGUCGCCGACGUCGACGCGCGUUUGGAUGGCGCCCGCGCGGAGAUCCGGCGCCUGCUCGACGGCGCGCUCAAGGCGCCGCAGGCCUUGGCCGCGAAAUACGGCGAGUUCGCGUGGAUCUCGGCCGUGGAGACGACGUCCCACGUGCGCUCCUUCGUGCGGAGGGACCCGCCGCCGAGCCGCGCCGAGUACGUGGAAGAAGUCAAACGCUUCCACGACGCGGCCAUCGCCGUCGAGAACUUGAGCGAGAACGACGAGCGGUUCACGCUGUGUUCCGUCGACACGACGGCCGCCAAGGCCGCGCUGGCGAACAAGGCGCGGGAGGUGCGCAUGGCCCUACUCCAGCACGUCAUCCACGACGCGCGCGUCGAGAACGAGCAGACCAUCGCGCGCUACGAGGAGAUUUUGGCGAGGUUAGCCGAGCACCCGGCGAACGAGGCCGAGCUCGCGGCUUUGAAGGAGUUCAUCGCCAAUUCUAGGAUUGAAGUUCUCCAGAUGGUCGACAAGGUCGAGGAGAUGCACGCGCGCAUCGCGACCUUCGACGAGUACUGCAUCCCGUUGUCCAAGGAGGACACGUUCCUCGCGUGGUCGACGAUGGAGUACCCGAAGCGCGUCGCGGACGCGUCCAACGAGACGGAGAUGCGCAUCGAGAUGGACAAGGUGCGCAUGAUGGACAAAUUGGCCAUCGAGAAGAACCAGUUCGACGAGAUGCUCCAGCAGUUCGAGGUCGACGUGCGCCGCGCGAAGCAGUACAGCGACUACGCGUCGGAGCAGUCCUACGUCGAGGAGAUCAACGGCCUCCAGGACGCCAUCACCGAAGCCAAAAACAAGGCCAAGGACUUCAACGCGCGCGAGCAGGUUUUUGGGUUUCCGCCGACGGAGUACGCGGAGCUCGACGCGAUCGAGUUGGAGCUGAACCCGUACUGGGACCUGUGGAACAUGAUCUCCGACUUCCACACGAACCUGCACGAGUGGCUCCACGGCACGUUCCUCGAUCUCGACGGCGCCAAGAUCCAGCGCGAGGUCGAGAUCUGGUGGAAGCAGUCCUACAAGCUCAAGGGCCAGCUGGAAGAGACGACGCCCGGCGCCGCGGACUGCGCGGGCAAGUUGCGCGAGGAGACGUCCAAGUUCCGGGAGAACCUGCCGCUCAUCCAGGCCCUGGCGUCGCCGGCGCUCAAGGAGCGCCACUGGUCCAACCUGUCGGACAAGAUCGGCCAGAAGAUCACGCCGUACGACGACCACGGCGUCGAGCUCACGCUGCACUCGCUCCUCGAGAUGAACGUCGGCUCCUACAUCGAGGAGAUCCAGGAGGUCUGCGUCGCCGCCGAGAAGGAGUACGGUUUAGAACGAGGGUUGCAGGCCAUGAAGGACGAGUGGAGUUUGGUGCAGUUCGACGUGAAGGCGUACAAGGAGACGGGCACGUCCAUCGUCGGCGGCAUCGACGAGAUCAUCGCUUUGCUCGACGACCAUUUGGUAAAAACCCAGACCAUGUGCGGGUCCAUGUUCAUCAAGGCCAUCGAGGAGGACGCCAAGGCCUGGGAGAGCCAGCUCAAGUACGCGCAGGCGUUGAUCGACGAGUGGAUCGCGUGCCAGCGGGUCUGGAUGUACCUCGAGCCCAUCUUCGGCUCCGAGGACAUCAUGCGCCAGCUGCCCACGGAGGCGCGGCGCUUCAACGACGUCGACAAGCUCUGGCGCGCGACGAUGAAGGCCACGGAGGAGGACCCCGUCUUCAUCGCGCAGGCGGACCCCGCGAAGAAGCUCAAGCGCAAGUUCAUCGAGGCCAACGAGAAGCUCGACAAGAUCCAGAAGGGGCUGUCGGACUACCUCGAGAUGAAGCGCCUCUUCUUCCCGCGCUUCUUCUUCCUCGCGGACGAGCAGAUGCUGGAAAUUCUGUCGCAGACCAAGGAGCCGCGCGCGGUGCAGCCCCACCUCGGCAAGGCCUUCGAGGGCCUGAACCAGGUCAAAUUCGAGAAGGAUUUGAAGAUCACGCAGAUGAUCUCCGGCGAGGGCGAGCGCGUGGACCUCAACUCGCCCGUGGAUCCGGAGUCGACGGCGAACAAGGGCAACGUCGAGCGCUGGCUGCUGGAGCUGGAGAACCUCCAGUGGGAGAGCGUGCGCCGCCAGGUCGAGCUCAGCCUCGAGGAGUACCCGACCAUGGAGCGCACGGCCUGGACGCUCAACUGGCCCGCGCAGGCCGUCAUCGCGACCAGCGCGAUCUUCUGGACGUCCGACGUCAACAAGACCAUCGAGACGGGCGGCUACGCGGCGCUCAACGAGUACGUCCUGGAGCUGAACAAGGGCCUCACGGCCAUCGUCAUGCUCGUGCGCGGCCAGCUCAGCAAGCUCCAGCGGAAGACGCUCUCCGCGCUCGUCGUCAUGGACGUCCACUCGCGCGACACGUGCGUGUCCAUGGCCACGGCCCAGGUCGACAAGGUCAGCGACUUCAACUGGCAGAGCCAGCUGCGCUACUACUGGGAGCCGUCCUGGAAGGACGGCCAGGCCGUCAAGAAGGGCCAGAAGACGGCCGUCGCGCGCAUCGUCAACGCGCGGUGCCUCUACGGCUACGAGUACCUGGGCAACUCCAUGCGCCUCGUCAUCACGCCGCUCACGGACCGCUGCUACCGCACGAUGAUCUCGGCCAUCGACCUGCUCUACGGCGGCGCGCCCGAGGGGCCCGCGGGCACGGGCAAGACGGAGACGGUCAAGGACCUGUCCAAGGCCAUGGCCAUCCAGUGCGUCGUCUUCAACUGCUCGGAUGGGUUGGACUACAAGGCCAUGGCCAAGUUCUUCAAGGGUCUGGCGGGCUGCGGCUCCUGGUGCUGCUUCGACGAGUUCAACCGCAUCAACGUCGAGGUGCUCUCCGUCAUCGCGCAGCAGAUCCUGACGAUCAACAAGGGCAAGGCCGCGGGCGUCGAGAAGUUCCAGUUCGAGGGCACGUUCAUGAAGCUGAACCCGAACGCGAACCCCUUCAUCACGAUGAACCCGGGCUACGCGGGCCGCGCGGAGCUCCCGGACAACCUGAAGGCGCUCUUCCGGCCCUGCGCGAUGAUGGUCCCGGACUACGCGCUCAUCGGCGAGAUCCGCCUCUAUUCUUUUGGCUUCGAGGACGCGCGGCGCAACGCGCAGAAGCUCGUGCGGACCCUCCAGCUGUGCUCGGAGCAGCUGUCGUCCCAGAAGCACUACGACUACGGCAUGCGCGCGGUCAACUCCAUCCUCGUCGCCGCGGGCAAUCUACGCUUAAAGGUCGGCGACGACCCGGCCUGGGACGAGUCGAAGAUCGUGCUGCGGUCCGUCAUGGACGUGAACCUGCCCAAGUUCACCGUCGAGGACCUGCCGCUGUUCCGCGGCAUCACGUCGGACCUGUUCCCGGGCGUGGAGCUGCCCACGGCGGACCACGGCGCGCUCAUCCCGACGAUCGACGAGAUCUGCUGGAGCGGCGCCGUCGUCGCGCCGGGCCGCGAGUACAAGCUCGAGCCGCUGGGCUCGUUCACGCUCAAGAUCGUCCAGCUCUACGAGAUGGUGCUCGUGCGCCACGGCGUCAUGAUCGUCGGCCAGACGCUGUCGGGCAAGACGUCGGCGAUCCACACGCUCGCGUCGGCGAUGACGAAGUGCGCGGAGCGCGGCGAGCCCUUCGAGAAGGUGAACAUCCACACGAUGAAUCCCAAGUCCAUCAAGAGCGGCCAGCUCUACGGCAACUUCGACGAGAACACGCACGAGUGGAGCGACGGCAUCCUGGCCGUCAUCUUCCGCAACUGCGCCAUGGACACGGGCAAGGACCGCAUGUGGGUCAUGUUCGACGGCCCCGUCGACGCGGUCUGGAUCGAGAACAUGAACACGGUGCUCGACGACAACAAGAAAUUGUGUUUGAUGUCCGGCGAGAUCAUCAAGAUGACGGACCGCAUGACCAUGAUGUUCGAGGCCGAGGACCUCGAGCAGGCGUCGCCCGCGACGGUGUCGCGCGUGGGCAUGAUCUUCUGCGAGACGCGGAAUUUGGGGUGGAAGCCCUUCCUGUCCGUGUGGACGGAGACGCUCGAGGAGCCCUGGGCGGCCCACGCCGAGCUCUUCGGCGAGCUCUACGAGUGGCUCUUCCCGCCCAUGACCUACUUCGUGGACAAGUUCUGCGCGGUGCCGACGCCGAUCACGCUCAUCGAGCUCAUGCGCGCGUCGCUGCGGCUGCUGGACUGCUUCAUGGCCGACGCGGCCGUCGCCGGCAUCGGCAACGACGUGCCCCGGUCCGUGGAGGGCCUCUUUAUUCUGGCCAUCGUCUGGUCCGUGGGCGCGUGCGUCGACUUCGAGGGCCGGAAGAAGUUCGACGCGUUCCUGCGGAUCCUGCUCUCGGGCGACGCGAAGGACAUCGAGGGCUCCGACGAGUACGUCGACUUCAAGAACAAGACGCCGGCCUACGACGACGAGGUGAAGCGCGCGUCGAACCUGGCGCCGCCGGCGGAGGGCGGCUCCGUGCACGACUUCAAGUUCCACUGCAAGACGGGCACGUGGGCGUCGUGGGUCGAGCCGGGGAGCCGCUUCUCGAUCCCCAAGGACGCGGAGUUCAAUUCGGUGGUUGUGCCCACGGUGGACACGGUGCGCCACGAGUGGCUCAUCGAGCAGCUUCUGGUCCAGGGCUUCCACGUGCUGACGACGGGCGACACGGGCACGGGCAAGUCCGUGUCCGUCAAGAACCACCGGCUCCUCUCCGGCGAGGACGACAGGUACACGAACAUCAUCCUCAACUUCAGCGCCCAGACGUCGGCGAACCAGACCCAGGACAUCAUCGACUCGAAAUUGGACAAGCGGCGCAAGGGCGUGCUGGGCCCGCCGCUCGGGAAGACGUGCUUCAUCUUCGUCGACGACCUCAACAUGCCCGCGAAGGAGGAGUUCGGCGCGCAGCCCCCCAUCGAGAUCCUGCGCCAGUGGAUGGACCACGCGGGCUGGUACAACCGGGAGGAGAACUCGUUCCGCCAGCUCAUCGACAUCCAGUUCAUCGCGGCCAUGGGCCCGCCCGGCGGCGGCCGCACGCAGAUCACGCAGCGCUACGUGCGCCACUUCAACAUGAUCAACUUCGUGCCCUUCAACCAGGAGUCGCUGACGCGCGUCUUCCUGACCAUCUUGGACUGGUCCCUGGGCUCCUACAACAACGCGGUCAAGUCGCUGUCGGGCGCGGUCGUCGACGCGACGAUCUCGAUCUACGAGGCCAUCGCGUCGGGCCUGUUGCCGACGCCCAUGAAGAGCCACUACACCUUCAACCUGCGCGACCUGUCCAAGGUCUUCCAGGGCCUGUCCCAGGGCCACCCGGACGUCAUCGACGGCAAGGAGGCCUUUGUGAGUUUGUGGUGCCACGAGUGCAUGCGCGUCUUCCACGACCGCCUCAUCAACGACGGCGACCGCGCCUGGUUCGUCAAGGAGCUCGGCAAGGGCGUCUCCGACACCUUCGCCCUCGACUACGCGGCCAAGGUCCUCGUGCCGGGCCUGCCGCUCAUGUUCGGGAGCUACCUGGACCACACGUCGAUGCCGGACAAGCGCAAGUACCGCAAGGUCGUCGAGGAGGCGACGCUCCACGAGUCCAUGCAGUAUUUCCUGCUCGACUACAACCAGAACUCGGGCAAGCGCAUGUCGCUCGUGCUCUUCCUCAACGCCAUGGAGCACAUCUCGCGCAUCGCGCGCAUCAUCAACCAGCCCUACGGCAACGCGCUGCUCAUGGGCGUCGGCGGCAGCGGCCGCAAGUCGCUGACGACGCUCGCCGUCUACAUCUGCGACUACGAGAUGAUCCAGAUCGAGAUCUCGAAGUCCUACGGCCGCACGGAGUGGGUCGAGGACCUCAAGAAGAUCUUCGUCAAGGCGGGCGCGGAGGGCGGCGACGGCCGGCCGACGGUGUUCCUCUUCGACGACACGCAGAUCGUCUACGAGAGCUUCCUCGAGGACGUGAACCUCGUGCUCAACACGGGCGAGGUGCCGAACCUCUUCGUGCAGGAGGACCUCGCGGCGAUCAACGACCAGAUCGGCAAGAACGCGAACGCGGCGGGCGUCAACACGGGCGUCAUGGCCGAGAUGUACAAGUACUUCAUCUCGCGCUGCCGCGCGAACCUCCACGUGGUCCUCACCAUGUCGCCCAUCGGCGACGCGUUCCGCCGGAGGCUCCGCAUGUUCCCGGCGCUCGUGAACUGCUGCACGAUCGACUGGUUCACGGCCUGGCCCGAGGAGGCCCUGCGGAGCGUCGCCGAGUUCUUCCUGGGCUCGGAGAAGAUGGACGACGAGGUGCGCGCGGGCGUCGUCAACAUCUGCGUCGACAUGCAGGAGCGCGUCUCGACGAUGUCGUCGAAGUUCCUCCAGGAGAUGGGCCGCCACUACUACGUCACCCCGACGUCCUACCUCGAGCUCAUCAACACCUUCAAGAAGCUGCUCGAGGUCCAGCGCGAGGACGUCAUGGAGCGCAAGGUCCGCUACGACAACGGCCUCGAGAAGAUCCUGAGCACGGAGGCGCAGGUCGACGGCAUGCAGCGCGACCUCGUGGCCCUGCAGCCCAAGCUCAAGCAGGCGACCAUCGACACGGACGCCCUCCUCGAGAAGAUCGCCGUCGACACCAAGGAGGCGAACAAGGUCGAGGCCGUCGUCUCCACGGAGCGGAAGCUCUGCAACGACCAGGCGGCCGAGGCCGCGGGCAUCGCCGAGUCGUGCCAGGCCGACCUGGACAAGGCCAUGCCCGCCCUCGAGGGCGCCAUCGCGGCCCUGAAAUCGCUGUCCAAGGGCGACAUCGUCGAGAUCAAGGCCAUGAAGAAGCCGCCGGACGCCGUGAAGCUCGUCAUGGAGGCCGUGUGCCUCAUGAUGGCCGUCAAGCCCGACAAGAUCAAGGACCCCAACGGCGGCAACAAGAAGAUCGACGACUACUGGGGCCCGGCCCAGAAGAACCUCCUCGGCGACCCGCGGUUCCUCCAGCACCUCAUGGAGUACGACCGCGACAACAUGGCGCCCGCGAUGGUCGAGAAGGUCAUCACCUACACGACCAAGGAGCAGUUCCAGGUCGACGUCGUCAAGAAGGCGUCCAUCGCCGCCGCGGGCCUCUGCCGCUGGGUCAGCGCCAUGAUGAUCUACGACAAGGUCGCCAAGGACGUCGGCCCGAAGAAGAAGGCGCUCAAGGAGGCCGAGCAGUCGCUGAAGUCGGCCAAGGAGGCGCUGGAGGAGAAGGAGGCGACGCUCGCCGAGGUCCAGAAGAAGCUCCAGACGCUCCAGGACCAGCUCGACGCCGCGAACAAGAAGAAGGGCGACCUGCAGACGCAGGUCACGGACUGCGCGACGAAGCUCGAGCGCGCGGAGCAGCUCAUCAAGGGCCUCGGCGGCGAGAAGGUGCGCUGGAACGAGCUGUCCGAGGAGCUCGCGGGCAAGUACGAGAACGUCACGGGCGACAUCCUGCUGUCGAGCGGCGUCAUCGCGUACCUCGGCGCGUUCGUCGUCCAGUACCGCGACGACGCGCUGAGCCAGUGGAAGCUCCUGCUCGACAAGUUCAAGAUCCCCUUCACGGACGGCUUCACGCUGCGGUCGACGCUCGGCGACGAGGUCGCGAUCCGGUCCUGGGUCAUCAACAAGCUGCCGAACGACGAGUUCUCCAUCGAGAACGCGAUCAUGCUCGAGCGGUCCAACCGGUGGCCCCUCAUGAUCGACCCCCAGGGCCAGGCGAACAAGUGGGUCAAGAAGACCUACGCGGAGAAUUUGAAGGUCGUCAAGCUGAACCAGGCGACCUUCGCGCGGACCAUCGAGAACGCGAUCCCGUUCGGGAACCCCGUGCUCGUCGAGAACGUCGGCGAGGUCCUGGACCCCGUGCUCGAGCCCGUGCUCCUCAAGCAGAUCAUCAAGCAGGGCGGCGUCAACUCGCUGCGCUUCGGCGACAGCACCAUCGAGUACGACGAGCGCUUCCGCAUGUUCAUCACCACGAAGAUGCGGAACCCGCACUACCCGCCCGAGCUCUGCGUCAAGGUGAACCUGCUCAACUUCAUGGCGACGACGGAGGGCCUGGAGGACCAGAUGCUCGGCCUCGCCGUCGCCUGCGAGGAGGCGGAGCUCGAGGCGCAGCGCGAGCAAUUGGUCAUGGAGGACGCGGAGAACAAGCGGCAGCUCAAGGAGAUCGAGGACAAGAUCCUCUAUCUGCUCAAGACCGCCGAGGGCAACAUCCUCGACGACGAGAACCUCAUCGAUACGCUCAAGGAGUCGAAGAUCAAAUCGAAGAAGAUCGAGGAGAAGGUCCGCGACGCCGCGCGGACGUCGGAGAUCAUCGCGAAGACGCGCCGCGGCUACAAGCCGCUCGCGUUCCACGCGUCGCAGCUCUUCUUCUGCAUCGCGGACCUGUCGAUCAUCGACCCCAUGUACCAGUACUCCAUGGAGUGGUACCAGGCCCUGUUCCGCGACGCCAUGGGCAAGGCCGCGUUCUCGACGGAUCUCGAGGAGCGGCUCGCGUCGCUCAAGGACACGUUCACGUACAUUCUGUACCAGAACGUGUGCCGGUCCCUCUUCGAGAAGGACAAGCUCCUCUUCUCCUUUUUGCUGACGGUGAAGAUCAUGUCGGGCCAGAGCAAGCUCGACCCGACGCACCUGCGCUUCUUCCUCGCGGGGAACACGUCCAUGGAGCGCGAGCGGUCCAUCCCGGAGACGGACUGGCUCGCGGACAAGUCCUGGGGCGACGUGCUCGCCAUCGGCAAGCUCGAGGGCUUCGAGGGCUUCGUGGACAAGUUCGUCGACAAUUUGGACAUGUGGAAGACGGUCUACGAGUCGAAGCAGCCCAUGGAGGACCUCGUGCUCCUCGUCGGCGACUCGCGGCACCUCGUCGACGAGGACGGCGGCGAGAAGCCCGCGGAGGAGGGCGAGGAGGCCCGCGAGGCCGACGGCCUGUCGGCCUUCCAGCAGCUCUGCGCUUUGCGCGCCAUCCGGCCCGACGCCGUCGUGCCCCAGGUCCAGUCCUUCGUGCGCGAGGAGAUGGGCGCGCGGUUCAUCGAGGUGCCGCAGUUCGAUCUGAACGGCUGCUUCGCGGACUCGCGGUGCAACACGCCCCUGCUCUUCGUGUUGACGCCCGGCGCGGACCCCAUGAGCGCGUUGUACAAGCUCGCGGAGGAGAAGGGCUUCAUGGGCAAGCGGCUCCACGCGAUCUCGCUCGGCCAGGGCCAGGGCGACAUCGCGUACGCGGCCAUCUCGGAAGCGCAGGACAAGGGCACCUGGGUCUGCCUCCAGAACUGCCACCUCUGCAUCUCCUGGAUGCCCACGCUCGAGCGGCUCUGCGAGGAGCUGAGCCCGGACCGCAUCAACGACCAGUUCCGGCUCUGGCUCACGUCCGAGCCGUCGACGGCGUUCCCCGCGUACAUUCUGCAGAACGGCAUCAAGAUGACCAUCGAGCCGCCCAAGGGCAUGCGCGCGAACCUGAUCGGCUCCUACACGACGCUCAUCACGACGGACUUCGUCGAGGGCGUCAAGCGGAGCGCGGAGUUCAAGAAGCUGCUCUUCGGCCUGUGCUUCUUCCACGCGGUCGUCCGCGAGCGCCGCAAGUUCGGGCCGUUGGGCUGGAACAUCCAGUACGUCUUCAGCGGCUCGGACCUCAAGAUCUCCAUGGACCAGCUGCGCAUCUUCCUGGACAACGUCGAGAGCGACGAGGAGGUGCCCUACGCGGCGCUCCGGUACCUCACGGGCGAGUGCAACUACGGCGGCCGCGUCACGGACGACAAGGACCGGCGCUGCCUCGCGAACAUGCUCACGGACUUUUAUUCGGAGGACAUCCAGAACCCGAGCUACACCUUCUCGCCCAGCGGCCGCUACUACGCGCCGCCCGACGGCGACCUGGCGUCGUACACGGAGUACAUCAAGGGCCUGCCCUACACGGAGGGGCCCGAGCUCUUCGGGCUCCACGACAACGCGAACAUCACCUGCGCCCUCGGCGAGACGAACCUGUUGCUGUCGACGGUGCUCUCGUUGCAGCCGCGGAGCUCGGGCGGCGCGGGCAAGUCGUGGGACGACGAGCUCGCGGAGGUGUCGAGCGACAUCGAGGCGCGCCUGCCCAAGCUCUACGACAUCGAGCGCGCGCUGAUCGACUUCCCCGUGCUCUACGAGGAGUCGAUGAACACGGUGCUCACGCAGGAGCUGCUCCGCUUCAACAAGCUGAGCGACCUCAUCAAGCGGCUCCUCAAGGAGGUGCAGCGCGCGAUCAAGGGCCUCGUCGUCAUGAGCGGCGAGCUCGAGUCCAUGGGCAACGCCAUGGUCAACGGCAAGGUGCCGGGCAUCUGGGCCGCGGCCGCGUACCCGUCGCGGAAGCCCCUCGGCUCCUGGGUCGCGGACCUGCUCCUGCGCCUCCAGUUCCUCCAGGACUGGGUCGACGCGCGCGCCGCGCCGAACACGUUCUGGAUCUCCGGCUUCUUCUUCACGCAGGCCUUCAUCACGGGCACGCUCCAGAACUACGCGCGCAAGUACCAGCUGCCCAUCGACACCGUCGCCUUCGACUUUGCCAUCCUCACGCCGGAGAAGGAGGUCGAGGCCAAGGCGACGAAGGCGCCCGACGGCUCCAUCUGCCACGGCCUCUUCCUCGAGGGCGCGCGCUGGGACGUCAACGGCCACGUCAUCGCCGAGAGCCGGCCGCGCGAGCUCUACACCGUCGUGCCCAUGUUCCACAUGAUGCCGCGCGUCAAGGGCGACAUCCCGCCCAUCAAGGGCCGGCCCGAGCUCUACACGGGCUCCAUCGGCGGCGAGGCCCACAUGUACCAGUGCCCGAUCUACAAGCGCGUGCCCAGCGUCCGAGCGGAAUCGACGCGCAACGGCACGCUGUCAACGACGGGCCACUCGACGAACUUCGUCAUGUUCAUCAGGGUGCCCAUGGCGAGCCAUCACACGCAGCAGCACUGGAUCAAGCGCGGCGUCGCGAUGCUCACGGGCCUCGACGACUAG